AGCGCGCGGCGGCGGCGCUGGGGUCUGAGCGCGGCCCCCAUGGAGCUGCUGCGGAAAUGGCUGGGCCACCCCGAGGACAUCUACAACCUGCUGCGCUUCAAGAUGGGCGGCUACCGCGCCGUCAUGCCGCGGAUGGACACGGACUCGCUGGGAUGUGGCCUCCGCACCUGCUACCGGUACCUCAACCAGACCAGCCGCAGCUUCGCCGCCGUCAUCCAGGCUCUGGAUGGAGAGCUGCGACAUGCAGUCUGUAUAUUCUACCUAGUUCUCCGUGCCCUGGACACUGUAGAGGAUGACAUGAGCAUCCCCUUGGAUGUCAAGGUCCCGAUGCUGCACGAGUUCCACUCCCAUCUCUACCAGCCAGACUGGAAGUACACAGAGAGCAAGGAGAAGGACCGGCAGGUGCUGGAAGACUUCCCAACGAUCUCCAUGGAGUUCAGAAACCUGUCCAAGGUCUACCAGGAUGUGAUUUCGGAUAUUUGUCACAAGAUGGGCGUUGGGAUGGCAGAGUUCUUGGAGAAAAAGGUGGAUUCUCAGCGUGAGUGGGAUGAGUAUUGUCACUACGUUGCUGGGCUGGUGGGGAUUGGCCUUUCCCGUCUCUUCUCUGCAUCAGAGCUGGAAGAUUCCAUCGUGGGGCAGGACACAGAUCUGGCAAACUCCAUGGGCCUCUUCCUACAGAAAACCAACAUCAUCCGUGACUAUCUGGAGGACCAGCUGGAGGGAAGGGAGUUCUGGCCCAGAGAGGUUUGGAGCAGAUAUGCCAAGAAGCUCUCGGACUUUGCCAAGCCAGAGAACAUUGACAUGGCUGUGCAGUGCCUCAAUGAGCUCAUCACCAACGCCCUCCACCACGUCCCCGACGUCCUCACCUACCUGUCCCGCCUCAAAAACCAAAGUGUCUUCAACUUCUGCGCUAUCCCCCAGGUGAUGGCCAUUGCCACGCUGGCUGCCUGCUACAACAACCAGCAGGUGUUCAGGGGGGUGGUGAAGAUCCGCAAGGGCCAGGCCGUCACCCUCAUGAUGGAUGCCACCAACAUCCAAGCUGUCAAAGCCAUCAUGUACCAGUAUGUGGAAGAGAUCUACCAGAAGAUCCCGAGCACGGACCCCUCGUCCAACAAGACGCAGCAGGUCAUCGCCUCCAUCCGCGCCAUGAGCCUGCCCGGCAGCCCCAUGGCCUCCCGCCACCACUACUCCCCCAUCUACCUGUCCUGUGCCAUGCUCCUGGCAGCCCUGAGCUGGCAGUACCUCAGCACCCUCUCCAAGGCCACCGAGGAGUACGUGCAGGCAGGAGACAACUGAAGGGCAGUGGCCGGGUGGGGGGACAAGUGGUGGCAGACGGGCAGCGGGGGCAGGAGGCUCCUCGUCCCCUGCUGUGGGGGUGGCCCAGCGCUGGGACGGUGACAAGGAUGGGACACUGGGGAGCUGCAGCCCCCGGGGUGACAGUGUGGCACUGCUGGACUCCAUCCUCUCUGCCCUUGCUGUGUGCUUGGAUGGCUGCAAAUGCUGACUGGAGUUUUAGUGUUUGGGGUUGAGUAUUUUUUUCCCCCUUCUUUCCUGUUUACCUGAAUAUUUUUGGUGGUUUUUCUUUUGUUGUUGUUUGUUUUGUUUUUUUCCAUUAGGAUGGUUUGAAAUAGAAGCUCCAGUUGUUUCUUUU